AUGGCUAAGCCACUCCGAGUACUCACCUGGAACGCAGGGCACUUAGGACAACAGCAGUGGGCCGAGCUUCGCACGUGGCUUCGCACGGCAGCAGACAAAUCUGAUGUUAUUGCCCUGCAGGAGACACACUGGCAGGAAACCACCGAAUUUGAGGUGGAGGGCUGGCACUGUGUUAGCUCUGCCAGCAAAGGACAGGUGAAGGCCACCCGGGCUAAGAAAAAGCCAAAUUCGAGCACAGAAGGAACAGGACUGGCGCUGCCAGAAGCCCAAUCCCAUGCCCUGCAUGAUGACAAGCGAGCAGAUGGAGUGAUGGUCCUGACUGCCCCGCACAUUCCAAAAGACACUGUCAGAUGGAAAGAGCAUCAGAAGGGACGUGUCCUUGAGAUAGUACUUCAGUGGAAGGGAGCUCGAGUACACGUUGUGUCAGUAUACCAGCACGUAUGGUCGACCUCAAAAACUGCACAGAAAAACAGAGAAGAUAGAUCCACCACCCUCGCUGCUCUGUCCCGUGCCAUCCGAGGAACACCGCAGAGAGACACCCUGAUAGUGCUGGGCGACUUCAACUUGACCCUAAAGUCGAGCCCAGGAGCGGUUGGCUUGUGCACUCCAGGACCUCCUCCACAUCGAAAGACCGAAGACGAAUACUUCCAACGGCUGGUUCAGGGACAUGGAUUAGUUGCGCUGAACACCUGGUCUUCAGGGAAAGGAUUCACUUUCCAGACGGCCACAACGCAAUCUCAAUUAGACUACAUCCUAGUCCCGAAAACUAUCUCCCGAAGUGAUGCUAAGAAGAGCAAGCCAAUCGACAAUUUCCAGCUCGGGAAAUGGAAGAAGGGCGGCCAUCUCCCCGUGGAGUGGGUCGCUGACCAGCUUCAGCAGCUGACUCCUCCGGACAUGAAUGAGGCAGACCACGAGGUGUUGGUCAAUGACCUGGCGACUUGGCAUAAGCAGGCAGUAUCAUUGGCAAAGAAGCAACGAGUAGCCGACUUCACAAAGGAGGUGGAUCACUCAGCCAAUACGGGAGAUUCCUACUUGAGCCACAAAACCCUGAAAGCUCUCCGACCCUGGCAACCGCAGCCGAAAACACAGCUGGUGAACCAGGACGGAUACUUGAUGGCAGCCGAGGAGGAACUCCUGCUCAUGAAAGAUCAUGCUAAGGCAGUGUUCCAGAGGCAUGACAGGUUAGAUGUGCUGGUGAAUACACUGCCACAGCUGCAGGCUCCAGCAUUGGCCAAGCACAUCGGCUCCAUACGGUUCAGCUUCGGCAGCAGCGUGGAAACUGUGCUCAGCCUCGACAGGAGACGUGCUCCAGCAAUACUGCCAGGCACAGAGCCUCAAAGCUGA